AUGAGUGACAUGGUGACAGAGAUUUUGGCCUUUAUUCUGACCACAUCUGGCUGGGUCCUGAUCUCCUCCACCAUACCCACGGAUUACUGGAAGGUGUCCUCUCUGGAUGGCACAGUCAUCACCACAGCUACCUACUGGUCCAACCUGUGGAAGGCAUGUGUCACUGAUUCAACAGGAGUCUCCAACUGCAAGGACUUUCCAUCUAUGCUGGCACUGGACGGUUAUAUUCAGGCCUGCAGGGGUCUGAUGAUCGCUGCUGUCUGCCUGGGCUUCUUUGGUGCUGUCUUUGCCCUGGUCGGAAUGAAGUGCACCAAGAUUGGGGGAUCAGACCAAAGCAAAGCCAGAAUGGCUUGCUUCGCCGGGGUCAAUUUCAUACUCAGCGGUCUCUGCUCGUUGUCCGCAUGCUCCCUGUACGCACACAGAAUAACAUCUGAGUUUUUUGACCCCAUGUUUGUUGCUCAGAAGUAUGAACUGGGAGUAGCCUUGUUCAUUGGUUGGGCAGGAUCUAUCCUGUGUGUUCUGGGAGGGGCGAUAUUCUGCUUCUCCGUAGUAGAUAGUUCCACUAGAAGCUCCAGUCGCACAGGCUAUGCCUACGGAGGACCUGCCUCCACCUCCCAUGUCUCUUCCCACCCGAGAGGGCAAGCACAGCCCAUGAGCCAGCGGCCUCCACCCAAAUACAGCAGCUCCUCCAGAGCACAGCAUUUUGAUAAGAAUGCCUAUGUGUAAGGGAUGAUAGGGAAAAUGCAGAUCUGGAACAGAG